AUGAUUGAAGUACUUGUGAAUGAUAGAUUGGGAAAGAAGAUUAAAGUGAAGUGUCUUGGCGAAGAUUCGGUAGGAGAUUUUAAGAAAGUGCUUUCCAUCCAAUUGGGAACCCAACCAAAUAAGAUUGUCCUCCAGAAAGGGGGUAAUGUACUAAAAGAUCAUAUAACACUCGAAGACUACGAAAUUCACGAUAAUACAAACUUAGAGCUGUAUUACCUUUAA